AAAAUCCAGUGGAAAUGUGUUUGGGACAAGCAACGUGAAGAGAAAGAAAUGUGGCGAUCACUGGAGUUGUUUGGGAAGGUGAAAGCGAAAGCGGUUAGUGGGGUCCAGUUGAAAUGGAUGAGCACGGUGAUGUGUUUGGGUGAUGGUAGCCAAGGAGCCGUUGGAUCUCCGGUGGGUCUGGGACUCCACGCAUAUGAACCCACCCCUGUUGCUACUCUUCCUUCCGACAUCGUUAGCGUCCACGCCGGACACUACCACUCCCUGGCCCUCACUUCCCACGGCCAUCUCUGGGCCUGGGGCCGAAACAACGAGGCCCAACUCGGCCGCGGCCCAUCCUCCAGAGAAUCAUGGCACGAACCAGAGAGAGUGAAGGGGUUAGAGAGUGUGAAAGUGUCUGCUGCUUUUGCUUCGGGUGUUGUUUCCGCCGCCGUUGGGGAUGACGGUUCGGUGUGGGUGUGGGGGAAGUCCAAACGCGGUCAACUUGGGCUUGGUGAAAAUAUCACCGAUGCUCUUGUGCCUACCAAAGUUGAAGCACUUUCUGGAGAGAACGUCUCAAAGAUCUCGUUUGGAUGGGGGCAUGCUCUCGCUCGUACUGCGGAUGGCAAGUUGUUUGGAUGGGGCUAUUCUGCGGACGGUAGGAUAGGCAAAAUGGGUAAUUGCUUUGAGACAUCUCCGUUGGAAUCCACGUUUCGGAAUAACUCACAACUCUCUAGUUCAGACCUCGAAGAUGCUGAAAACAGAGUCUUGCAAGGGAUGGAACAGGAGAAUGACAUGCCGAUAGUGUGGGAGCCCCGCUUGGUUGAAGAAUUACGCGGUGUUCAUGUUGUCGACAUUGCGUGUGGCCUUGAUCAUUCUCUAGUUCUUUGCCGUGACGGUAUGCUCUUGAGCUGUGGGAGCAACGUUUAUGGCCAGUUGGGUCGAGCUGAAGCAGAUUUGGGAAUUUUUCCCGUUGACAUUGGCUUCACUCCCAUUUUUAUUGCAGCAGGGCUUGGGCAUUCGUUGGCAAUAUGUCAGCUAGGUGAAUCGGAUGGUAGUGUGGGGACUACAAACAUUGCUUCCUGGGGAUGGAACCUUAGUUCUCAGCUUGGGAGGCUCGGGGAUGGGAAAGUACCCUCUUUCAUUGAUGCAUUGAAUGGGGAAAACCCUGUCUCGGUUUCGGCUGGGCGUGCACAUUCCCUUGCUCUCACGUCCAAAGGGGAAUUGUGGUUAUGGGGCUCUGGUAAAAGCGGCAGAGUUGGAUGGGCUAGUUCUGCUGACCAAGUGGAGCCAUUUUGCCUUGAUUCUUUGGAGGGUUUUCAAAUUUUACAGGCCGUGGCGGGGUUUGAUCAUAAUCUGAUUCUAGUUGCUGGCUGAUUUGGCUGAUUUGGCUUCAGCAUAUACCUUGAUGUUAGCCCCAGCCAGACCCAGAAAAUUUAAUUCGGGGAAAAAGGAAAAACAGCGAAUAGUCUUUUAUGCUGGAACUUAUAGAUGGACCAAUGAGUGUAGUCUAUAAAUAAAUCUAAGCACUCUGUUGGUCCAAUGUCAAAUGUCCUGUAAGCUUAAACUUCAUUGUGCAAUUUCAUGGAAACAACCGAGACUGGUAUAAUUUUCUUGACGGUUUUUAUCUGUAUGAAGUGCAUUAAAUCAUGUAUAAAGGUGAGGAGAUUAAUUUAAUAGGGGUCUUUGUUUUUCAGUGGUCUA